AUGUUGUCGACGUUAUCGUCGAUACGCUACGGCAUCCGGAGUCACAUAACAAGGCUGGCUAGCCCGGCGAAAUCUGCUGUUUACGGUGAAAUUAUUCAAUUUAUAUUUGAACGGACAGGGAGGAUAACCCGAUCGGGUCCGUUGCUCAACAAUGGACUCGGUAUUUGUCGACUCAUGUCCGUGUCCUCGGUCUGUACAUGGACACCAGUUUGGCUAGUUAGCGCAGCCUGGCUAACAGGCUGAUUGAACACUUGACAAGUGCCCGGCGGCUUGUCUGAAUAGGUGACGGGGGGAGAGACCGCACACAGGAGGGAAUCAUUUACUUUAUACCUACGAAGGUUGACCGGAGAAACACCUGACUGGAACUGGAGCUGAUGUGAGCGAGCGCUUCCAAGGACUGUUAGCUUGACUGUUGGUUUUAUUGGCUGUGGAUUGUAGAUAAAGUAAACCCCGAGGGAUGUGAUCUUCAACACGAUACUGAGAAACUCGACAGGGGCAGAUUGCGUGGUGGGACAAUGUGCCUUGAAUGUGACAUUGUGUUUUGAUAGCGAUCACCUUUCGGUGCAAAAUACAAGAUCCAAUCUGUGUCAAUUUCCAUAUUCAGAUCGCCGGGUUAAUUUGACUAAUUUGCUGGUUCGCUCAGGGGCAGAGUCACAUGUACCGUUGGUCUUUUGCAAGUCAACGUGUCACACGUCCUGUUAAGGUCCGGGUGACGGCGUGGAAAGGUAAACAGGUGCGACACACCAACACGGGAACACUUUUGCACCACACCGUAUGUCUGAGAGACGCCCCGUCAUCUGAUCACUCGAAAUUACAUGCCCACAAAAAUAUGUAAUUGCAGUCUUGGCGUGUAGGUGCACGGACCGCGAGAAUCGGCCACUCUUUGACUCAUAGUCCUGUGAUGGGUGUCUGCUGAGGAGAGACAGAUGGAGAGUACGCGGCGAUGCUUGUACUUGAAUAACAAACUAGGGUUGUGUCGUGGUCCUUUAUAACCACUGGAGAUGACAUAUUACAUUGAUGGGAUAGUGUAGGAACUGUAUUUCUGUGGUGUCUUUGCUUAUUUGGUGCCGUCGGGCUAGGACAGGUGGUAAUGACUAGAUAUUUGCUCAGUGACUGACCGAGAGCCGAGCUGUACUUGUGCUGUAUGCUGCCAUCUUGCCCACCUGCCACGAUGCCACCCGCUCUGCUCUUACUGACGCUGAUGUCCGGGGCACUGUGCGGUCUCGGACAGGCCAUGUCCCGGGAGGAGAGGCACAGGUUGAGGAACCAAGUGGUUGAGAUGUUUGACCAUGCAUAUCAGAAUUACAUGGACCAUGCAUACCCAGCAGAUGAGCUGAUGCCUCUAACAUGCAGAGGAAGAGUACGUGGGCUUGAACCCAGUCGAGGUGACGUAGACGACGCUCUGGGAAAGUUCUCUCUGACCCUCAUAGAUACUCUGGAUACUCUGAUGCUUUUGAAUAAGACGACAGAGUUUGAGGCUGCGGUGAGGAGAGUCCUGUCAGAUGUGAGGCUGGAUAAUGACAUUGUUGUCUCGGUCUUUGAAACCAACAUUCGGGUCCUCGGUGGUCUAUUAGGAGGGCACUCCAUGGCUGUGAUGCUGAAGGAGGGAGGUCAGCACAUGCAGUGGUACCAGGAUGAGCUCCUGCACAUGGCCAAAGACCUGGGUCUGCGACUGCUGCCAGCCUUCAACACCAGCAGUGGCCUGCCUUACCCCCGGGUGAAUUUGAAAUAUGGAGUCAGGGGUCCCGAGACGAGAACGGGCACAGAAACAGACACUUGUACAGCGUGUGCAGGAACCAUCAUCCUGGAGUUUGCUGCCUUAAGUCGCUUCACUGGGGAUCCUGUGUUUGAGGCCCAUGCACGGAGAGCCUUGGACUUUCUGUGGGAGAAGAGACAGAGGAACAGCAAUCUGGUGGGAACCACCAUCAACAUUCACUCUGGAGAGUGGGUCCGAAGAGACAGUGGAGUCGGAGCGGGAAUUGACUCAUACUAUGAAUACCUACUAAAGGCCUACAUCCUCUUGGGGGAUGACCUGUUUCUGCAGCGGUUCAAUAUCCACUAUGCCUCCAUAAUGAAGUACAUCAGCCAGCCUCCCCUGCUCCUGGACGUCCACAUUCACAAACCUUUGCUUCCUGCUCGCACCUGGAUGGACUCUCUGCUGGCUUUCUUCCCUGGACUGCAGGUGUUGAAAGGAGAUAUCCGUCCUGCUAUCGAGACCCAUGAGAUGUUGUACCAAGUUACCAAGAAACACAACUUCCUCCCAGAGGCCUUCACUACUGAUUUCAGGGUACACUGGGCCCAACAUCCCCUGAGGCCUGAGUUUGCAGAGAGCACCUAUUUCCUUUACAAGGCAACCGGAGACCCUUACUACCUGGAGGCCGGUCGCACCAUCCUGGACAACCUCAAUCGCUUUGCCCGUGUUCCCUGCGGCUUCGCUGCAAUGAAGGACGUCCGCACUGGGAGCCAUGAGGACCGAAUGGACUCGUUCUUCCUCGCUGAGAUGUUCAAAUACCUGUUCCUGUUGUUUGCUGACGCGGAGGACAUUCCGUUUGACGUGGAGGACUAUGUCUUCACAACCGAGGCCCACCUGCUUCCUCUGUCCCUGUCCGCAGCCCCGCACUCUCCCUUAGUCUCCUCAAAUAGAACGUCCGAGGAGGAGCUGGACGACUCUAACUUUGAUUGGACCUGUCCUAACACCCGUCUCCUGUUUCCUGACCCCGCCUACCCUCGUAACUUGAGAGACCCAAUCCGCAGUGCUGUGGACAAGAGCUGCCCUCGUCCGGCUCCUUACCGGGAGCCUGGUAUGGGUCGUCCUCCCUUGAGGGCUCAGGACUUCAUGGCAAACAACCCUGAACACCUGGAGCUGCUGAGGAGGAUGGGAGUCAGUCUCAUCCACCUGAAAGAUGGCAGGGUGCAGCUGGUCCAACACGCCACACAGGCGGUGAGUGCAGUAGCGGCAGAGGACGGCGUGCGCUUCAUGCAGGAGAUGAUGGAGCUGUCCAGCCAGCAGCAGAAAGAGCAGCUGCCUCCCCGAGCCAUUCAGAUUGUCUCACAUCCGUUCUUAGGCAGGGUUGUCCUGACCGCUGGCCCAGCACAGUUUGGCACAGACCUGUCCAAAAGUUCCACUGGGGUACGAGGCUUUGUGACUGUGGCUGAACCCUACAGUGGCUGCACGGAGAUCACCAACGCUGAGUACGUCCAGGGCCACAUCGCUCUUCUCCAGAGGGGUCAGUGCAUGUUUGCAGAGAAGGCCCGACACAUCCAGAAGGCCGGCGCCAUCGGAGGCAUAGUCAUCGACGACAACGAGGGCAGCAGCAGUGACACGGCUCCCCUGUUUCAGAUGGCUGGGGACGGCCGCAACACGGAGGACGUCACCUUGCCUGUGCUCUUCCUCUUCCACAAGGAGGGCAACAUCCUGUUGGAGGCGCUGAAGGAGUACAGGGAGGUGGAAGUGCUGCUAAGCGACAAAGCCAGAGACAGAGGUGUUAAUGUGCAAGAAGCGGAGGAGGACUGCUUAACGGAGGCAACAACUCCCACCUCAUUCGAACCUACCAGCCAAUCGCAAACAAGCAUGGUGGAGCUGGACGAAUCCGUUUCACAGGAGGUUGCUCCGUCACAAGAAACUAGUCACGUCGAGGAAGUAAGUCCACCGGAAGUGGAGGCCGCUCCUGCAGAGGUGGAGGUCGAUGUCCCUCCGCCCGAAGAGGAGAGAGACUCUGACAGGAGAGAGGAGUCUGAGGGCGACACAGACUCAAGCAGCCAGUCAGUGGAUGAACUGUUGGCUGAUUGGCGGGAAGACUUGGAGGCUUUCCAGCAGAUGGAGAAGGAUGAGCUCUGACAGUCGUCGGGGCGUGUAGCACCCUGGGACUGUGGUAAGAUCCUACCAUGGUAGCGUCACACCAGCCUCAAUCUGUUGAACUCAAAUGAAAGUGGGGAGAGGUCUUUCAUGACAGUUUCUCCUCUUGUUCUCUGUGGAUGGUACCACGUGCCAAGGUCACCCACUUACUGUAUGUCCGGACCAUAACAAAGAUCUUUUAUCCUGGUAGAUGAUGGAUGAGUGACCAAGCUUCUUACCUCACUUUCUCAUGCACUUUCUGUUAAUCUGUCAUAACAAAACCUAACGGAUCAGACUGUGUAACAGUGUCCAAAUUAAUUCUCACAUUGAUGUUCUCUAUGCAUUUCUUACUCCCUGUUGCUCAAACAAAUGCUGGUGCAACAACUUCAUUCUGACUAAUUCAUCCAUCGACCAAUUUUAUUGAAACAGGAUUAUUAAUCGUGAUGAUACUGUCACUGUCCUUGUGGUCUUGGGCCAGUUAAAGACUUGAUUCAUGUGGGGAUCUGUGGCAUCAAAAUGAGCUGCAGGAUUAUUAUUAUUAUUUUAUGGCUGUAUGUUUAGACAAACUCAACACCAAAUCACUCUCUGUUGAGGAAUAUGAAGUCAUCUGUCAGUGUAAAUAUGUAUUCGUCCAACGCGUGUCGACUGAAACCAUGUAGUGCUGUUCGCUCAGGUUCUGGUUCUCCUCAACCCACAAACUCUGGACCACAUCGGGUGGAGCAGACACACCCUCAGCAGCAUGGUGGGAUGGAUGACUCACCCACAGGCCGCCACGGGGGGGCGCUAUAUGAUCUGUGUCAUGCUGUACCUGCUGGCUCACUGGAAGGAGCAGAAAAUAAGCCAAUAAAUAAACAUGAUGAAUUUGAAUAAAAAUUCUCGAGUGAA